AUGGAGGACAAGGAUGACGAUCCGUUCACCUUUGAUACCGAACGCUUGGUGAAAGAGCUUUGUACAGACAACCGCUCUUGGAAGCCCUCUCAGCCUGAAAAAUGUCCUGAUCGGGCAUUACUGGAAGCCAAACUUCGUGAAUCAGAGGCAGAUGGCGAGUUUCUUAUCUGGGAAUCGGAGGAGUCUGGGUCUUUCAAAGACGUCUACGACCAGUUUGAGAUCAGGAAGGUCCCUCACAAACGGUUUAUCAGACAAGCGGCUGAGCAGUUUCGAAAGCGAAGUCGGAAGUUCAAGCAGAAGCUUGCGGAGCUAAGAGGCAAUGGCCCAGUGGAAGAUAGUUUGCCUGCAGAGCUGCCGAUAGUUGCUCAAGCCACUGCCGCAACCGUUCCUCCCGAACCGCCUCAGAAGAAAAGACGCAUAGCCCCAAUCAAGCUGUCGGAAACUCCAACACAUGCAGAACCAGUCCUUAUGUUCACCGAAGCCGAUGUCAUCAAGCACUCGGAGGCUUCCAAUCCCGAUCAGAAGGCCGCAAAAGUCAGUUCUUCCAAGCGGUGGGACGCACCACGCUGUCAAUACUACUCCGCGGCUCCCAUAACAUCGUAUCACUUCGAACCCGACCUAGAUGACGACGACAAGGUUUUCCAAUUUGCGCCAGGCACGUACGACAAUCUUCCUGGUCACAGUUUGGUCAUCAAUCGAGGCAUUCAGCGGUACUUUGGGGCUCGUUCGAGUAAAGAAGCCAUGCUCCCGCAAGAUGAAGAACACCCACUCUUUGGUGAAUCUGGCUCAGAGGGCGGGUACGACAGCGACACGAUGCAAGAGAUAGAGGCUGAGCAAAGUGAGCGUGCCCAGGCAUCUCAGCAACCCCAUGCUGGGAGAAGUGGCGACGUUGCUGGAGCAAUACGAAACAUGCUUUCAGAUCUGGAGGAACAGUGGCGUACAGAAAAGCUGCCGAAACUGAACUCGAAAGCCAACAAGAUCUGGAACGAGCCUCGAAGCCGCAAAAGCAGCCGGAUCCACAUGAUUGAAAAGGCAAGAAUCACGUCACAACAACUGCAGGCGCGCUUGGAAAAAAUGUGCACUCAUAUCGAGGAAGACCCCAGCUUCCGGUCAAAGGAUGUGGUGACUGUUCGCCCAGCUUUUGAAAACACUGUCUAUGAGAAGCUCGAGGCAGAGUGGCGUGCGGAACUACUUUCCAUGACAUCGGAACCAGAAAGUGUCGCUGCGAGACGUGUUCAUCGGCAAAAGGCUCCCCGCGUUGUGGUCGAGGACGGCGUGGAAGGCGAGGUACUCACCAGCGAUAGCGAUUCAGAGUCGCUACACGGACUCGUCGUGGGAGAAGCGGUGGAAGAUGUUCCAGAAGGGAAAGAGGAGGGAGAAGAAGAAGAAGUCGGGGGAUGCGAGGCUGACUCUGCGCCAUCUCCGAUCGAUCUUACAGUUGAUAGUCCUAAGAAACCCCGCAAGGAUUCUUCAGCAAGUGAGAUUUCAGAAGAGGAGCCUUCACCAUCUAAGAAACGGAGGGUCAAGCGCGACAAAGCUGCGCAGGAUAUGCGAGACCUCGACAAGCGCAGGAUGGAGGAGCAAGAAGAAAGGUCCCGAGAAUUGCGUGCCCAGCUUGCCAAAUCGGAUAUGUCUGGCCUGCAGUCUCGUCUGAUCAUCAACGAAGCUAAGAAAGCUUCCCAGGGCUUCGUCUACGUCCCUCAGCGUAUCGCACAGAAUAUAAAAGACCAUCAGAUCGAGGGCGUCCGGUUCAUGUGGAACCAAGUUGUGAAUGAUGAUCGUUCGCAGGGCUGUUUACUAGCUCACACCAUGGGCUUAGGGAAGACUGUUCAGGUCAUCUGCCUUCUGGUGGCUAUCCAGGAAGCCUCACGAUCCUCCGAUCCUUCUGUCGUCUCUCAGAUCCCAAAGGAACUCCGAAAGUCACAAACUCUGGUUCUUUGCCCUCCCGGCCUCUUGAACAACUGGCUGGAUGAAUUCAGUCGCUGGGUGGAUCCAUAUGACACCCUUGGCAGGAUUUACAAGAUCGACACAGAAAUCCCUGCCGACGCAAGGACUGCUUCGAUAGAGCCUUGGGUCAACACAGGGGGUAUUUUGCUAAUGGGAUAUAGCCUUUUCAGGGUCCUUGUCAGUUCUGGAGACAGCAAACUGCAGACUUGGCUAACAGAGACCCCAAGCAUUGUAGUUGCCGACGAGGCUCACACCAUCAAGAACGAAAGGUCCAAAAUAUCAGAGGCGAUGUCGAGCUUUAAAGCAAAGGCCAAAAUCGCCAUGACCGGCUCUCCGUUGGCCAACUCUGUCGGAGACUACUUUUCUAUGAUCAACUGGGUUGCACCCAAUUAUUUGGGUCCGCGGAAGGAGUUCACGCACUUUUUCGCCUCGCCUAUUCAGGAGGGACUUUUUGUGGACAGCAGUCCCGCGGAGAAGAGGCGAGCUAUGAAGCUUCUCAAGGCUUUGAAGGACACCGUUUCGCCAAAAGUACACCGGAUGACGACAACUGCUCUCAAAGGCCAACUUCCCGAAAAGAGAGAGUAUGUGAUCGUGGUGCCUCUUACUGAAUACCAAAAGAGUGCCUAUGAAGUUUACAUGCGGUGGGUUGCUACUCGAGAUGAUGCGACCACCGUCAGCUUGCUCGGCUAUAUCUGCCAGCUGAGUACUCUCUUGGUACAUCCCCGAAUCUUCCUCCAAUACUUUGUCGAACUCGCGAAAGAGUACGACAAAGAAGUUAGGAAAAACGACAGUAGAAGAGAGAUUCCCAGACACGUCAUUGGGAACCUCAUUGCGGAAGUCAACCGCAGAGAUAUCCACAGCCUUGAUCAUUCGUACAAGAUUACCGUUUUGACCAAGAUUUUAGACGAGGCCAAGAGGAUUGGGGACAAGGUUUUGAUAUUCAGCAGUCGAAUUCCAGUGCUCAACUUUCUCGAAAACCUCAUGAAGAUGCAGAAGAGGCCGUAUUCAAGACUGGAUGGAGAAACCAAAAUCUCCACCCGGCAAGCUUCGGUGGCUAAUUUCAAUGCCAACAACGACGAGGUCUACCUUAUAUCGACGAACGCUGGCGGUGUCGGCCUUAAUAUCCAGGGCGCAAAUCGCGUAGUGAUGAUGGACUUCCAGUGGCAACCCGCAAACGAACAGCAGGCCAUCGGACGAGCCUACCGCAUCGGUCAAACGAAACCAGUUUAUGUCUACUGGCUCAUCGUUGGAGGCACCUACGAGCCAAAACUUCACGCUGCCGCCAUCUUCAAAACCCAGCUUGCCUCGCGCGUUGUCGACAAAAAGAACCCCAAUCCGCAUGCGUCAAAGGUCAAAACUUGGAUGCAACCGCCCGAGAUUGUCAAGCGCGAGGAAGCGACUCUAGUUAAGGUCCGAGGGUCUGACCCCGAAGUGCUUGAUCAUAUCUUGGACUCUCCAACUAGCAAUCAAAUCUGCAAGAUUAUGAUAGGAGACAUAUUCGAGCAGGAGGAGCCAGACCACCAGUUGUCACCAGAGGAACUGAAGGAGGCAGUGGAUCUGGUCAAGAUGAACCGGCUUCGUAUUACUGACCCAGAGGAGUAUAACCGUCUUAUGCAGCCUGCUUUCGUGUCGGUGCAUCCCUCCGGCUCAUUAGACAUCGCAGCAGUGCACCCGCAUGGGCAAGCGCCAAUGACUUUGAAUUCUCAGCAGAUCACUGGGUUGCGAGAGCAAGUUGGUGAGGUUGGCCUGAAAUCCAGAACGCCUUCAAAGAUAGUUCUGCAUUUGUCAAAGACAGGCAGGUCGUUGACUCCUUCUUUGCAACAUGAGGCCGGCCCCCAGUCUCAGUUACCUUUGGCGGAAGCAAACACGGAGGUUACGGACCAAGAUUCAACAACCACCAAAGCAGGCAGCGAACCGGUGCUGCCAAUACCUGGUGCCGGCACCUUUACUAAAUCUCAGCCUCAAGAGCAAGCUCCCUUUAAGUUAGGGGCCUUAGGAUCCUCUUUCGGUGAUCGGUUUCUUAACGAUGCACGAAAGACAAUGUGGGGUACCAGCAUCUUGUCAAGCGACCUACUGAAUCUUGCAACACAAGUACAAAGGGCAAUUGAAGCUAAAAACAUCUCGGGUCUUCCUGGCCUUAAUUCCGUACGGCUCCUGUUACAGGCUUUCCAGGAUCAGACGAUUUUGGAGUGUGUCCUGUCAGGUCAAUUACAGAUAGACCGGCUAGUGACUACAAAGGAAGCCGAGUUUGCUACACAGCUUGCAAAGGCAAAAGAAGAGGUAAAUUCGCCUGCUGACAUAGAUCGGCCGGAAAGGGAUACAGUGACAGGCCCGACCGCAUCGACAAUUCCAGGCUUGACUUUAAUUCCCACGCAAGCCAAAGUGCCCGAUACGACGGCAGCAACGAGUCCGGCACCACCACCAUCGACUGAGAAGUCAAGCUCUAGGUUAUAUAGCGCAGAUUCGACGGGAGGGACAGUCUCUGGGCCCAAGACACCAGGCUCCACGGCUCAGAAUCCACCCACGAAUGCUGUUCGACCCACUCAGUCGAAUCCCGGAAGCACCACGAAGCAGUCGAUACGGAACGAUGCGGGCCUUAACCCACAUGCUCAGACCCCCUCUCGGGCUACUCAAGAAAUUUCGGACCGGAAGGUAAAAAAAAAGAAGAAGAAGAAGAAGAGAUUGGCGAGCCUCAAGACGGAGACGGAGACAGAAAGAGAGCCUCGUUUGCCUGAUUGGGCCAAUAAGGUGUCCGCUGGGAUGGCAUCGGAGUCUACAAAUGGAGACACACAGACUAAUUUGUCACGGCUUGGGGACAGCAAAGACACCCCGAUGGUUCUAGACGAUGACUAG